AUAAACUGUCAAUCUGGGGGCCGUGAAGAAAAGCAACAAAUCGCACAGCCUCUGGCAAUCGUAUAAUCCAAAGCAGCAACCGCAAAACACUCGAAAAUGGUUCUUUGUAUGUACUUUCUGAAUAACAGUUGCCGAUUUGGCUCCCGAUGCAACAACGAGCACAUCGACAUUGGGUCGAUUGUAAAAACUGAAGUGGACGUGUCGCUGAAAGGCAACCAAUGGCCGCUGUCGUGUUUCGGACCGUUCAAGGAGCGAAACUGCAUACCAAGUUUUAUAGAAGAUCUCAGCUUUGAAGAGAUCCGGAUGAUGUAUCUGGAGGCCAAAAUGCAAAACAACAUCCCAGCGCACCAGAUGCAGCUGGCGCAGAUGAUCAAUGACGCCAAAGCAAAGAUGCAAUGUCUCACUACAAUGAACAGAGACAUUCUGAACACGUUGGUGGAAAUUUACAACCAGCAGGAAAGCAGCGCCAAACCGACCAACGCUCCAUUGAACACGUUUGCAUCGAUUGGAUCGGGUGGAAGUAAUGCUCCGGCGUCCGGCAUAUUUGGCAGUGGCACUAGUAGCAAUGCGUUCGGAUCUGGAUUCGGAUCCAGCGCUGCCAUCGGUGGUAGUAACGCUGGCACUGCCGGCAGUAUAUUCGGCAGCGGUUCCAUCACCGGCCAAGCGUCACAAUCAGCUGGCAACAUCUUUGGCUCAGCUGCCUCCACCACCAGCAACAUAUUUGCCAAACCUGCACAGCAACCUGCCGCUGGAAAUAUCUUCGGCAUGCCACAACAACCGAACCCCGUCUUUGGUGGUCCUGCCGUGAUGGGCGGAGGACUGUUUGGAAGCGUACAGCAACCACAACAACCACCUGCCCAAAAUGGGGCAUCACUGUUUGGCGGUGUGACAACGGCCACGAAUCCAGCCGCUGGCGGCAACCUCUUUGCCAGUGCCGCUACCAGUGCAUUUGGGCAGCCUUCGGGUGCUGGUUCCGGAUUUGGUGGAGCUAGUAUGUUUGGCAACAAUGCAGCAUCCUCUACUCCCGCUCUUGGAGGGUUUGGAACGAUGGCCGCAGCCCAGCCACAGCAAAGCAGUGGUCUGUUUAAUACCGUGCCUUUCGGCAGCAGUGUCCCGACGACUGCGUCUUUUGGAUCAUUUGGUUCAUCGAUGCAGGCUGCACCUUCAGCAAAUGCACCCUCAUCACAAAAUUUGUUCUUGUCCACACCAGCGGCGAAUCCGUUCGGCGCUUCUUUGGGUGGGAAUGCUUUCGGUGCGCCAGCACAGGCUACGACAGUCCCACAAUCAGCUACUAUGUACAGCAGUAUGGAUAACGUUACAGCGGAGCAUUUGGCCGCCUUUAAGGCCGAUCAGUUUCAACUCGGACGAAUUCCUACUGUACCACCACCAAAAGAGCUGUGUCACUAAAAGGGUUAACUGCUGCAAAAUAUUAUUGUCGUGUCACAUACGGACCUUUCUAUUGUUACGUGCUUUUUUUAUUUCCUCAUCGAAAAUAUUAUAUAAAUGUAAGUUUUACUUUUAGUUUUACUUAUUUUUAUAGAGACUUUGAGGUCUUGCUCAUUCGCCUCUUACAGUGGCCGGCAAUAUAAAGUGGCCACUACUUACAAUUUUACAUUUUUUACAUUUUUUCCGUGAAAAAUGAAGUUAUUGUACUGCUUUAUUUUUUGAAACAUUGCUCGUGAUAUGCUUAAGAAUGCGCAGUACGAUAGCAUGACAAAAAUGAGAAGUUUGCUUUAAGAAAAAAUAUUUUUUCCAAAAUUGAUCAAAAUCACUGUGCCAAAAUAAAGUGCCCACUUUAUUCAUUGUACAGAAAAUAUUUUUCUGAACAAAUAUAACACCAAACUUAUAAUUUUUUAUGCGUUCCUCUCGCAUUCUUUACAUGUUCGAGGUUCUUUAGCGUAUUUUUUUUCUAAUUUUUAAAGGUUUAUCUAGUUCUGCAUCUAGUUUUUGCAUCUGGUUCUUCUCAAGCGUUAUCAAGAGCUUAAAAUUUAAGUUUAUUUGUUUGUGACACCAGUUUUAUCCACCUUCGCACAUAGAAUCUGCCACAAAUUUUCGAUGGAACCAAGAUUUAGACUUCAUGGAGGACAUGCAAGGUGUUUUAUACGAUACUAGUUGAGAAAUGUUUUUUGUAUUGAUUGUGUGUGUUGAGAUGUUAGCCUGUAGGAACAUGUUUUUAGUUUUCAAACCCCAUUUUUUUUAAAGAAAUAUCCAAAAGUAUUGAUGAAGAAUGCUAAAAAAGGUAUAAACCAUAGUUGUACUUUCGAUUCACACCAGUUUUCCCGCUACUCCUAAAGAUAAAAACCCCCUAGCUAUCACAUUCCAAUUUUCGUAAUUUACUGCUCGUUAGAAGUGGCGUCCGUCAAGUUCCUCGCCCGAGCUACAGCAAGACUAACAAAGCCAAUUAGCUUCAAUAUGAUCAAGAACAUGCAGAUAUAUCGUAAGAUUGUCGAAAAACUGAUAUUUGGACAGAUGAGUCCAAAUUAGAACUGAUGUUCAAAAAUAUCUAGACGCGAUCCAACAAACCAAUAUGUAUGAAGAGUGCAAUGUGAUGACCAGGGAAGGGAUUUCCAUACGAGAAGUGGGGAGCAUGGUUUGAAUCGAUGGCAUAAUGAAAGCUAAUACUUAUAUAAGCAUCCUGUGUGAAUUUAUCUUUUUUCUGUGAAAAAUACGGAGUUAGUAAAUAAAUUGAUGUUACAACCGGAAGCGACUCAAGUUA